UGGUUGCAUCACCCAGCGUGAGGGAAGCGUGGGGUCCUUGUCGGGGCUGCCACGCGGCGCGCCUGAACCGAGCCCGCCCCGCCGCAGGGCUGGAAGCGGCCCCGCGCCGCGCAGCGAGGAGGCUCCCCGAGCGCAGCGCUUGGCUGCCGGUCGGUUGGUACCGGGUUGCCGCCCGGAGGCGGCGGCGCCGCUGAGAGGAGCCGGGGGUCAGGCGGGCGCGAGAGACUCCCCGGCUUCCUCUUCGGGUCCAAGAUGGCGGGCGACGAGGCCGGAGUGACUCUGGGGCAGCCGCACCUCAGCCGGCAGGACCUCGCCGCUUUGGAUGUUACCAAGCUGACACCUCUUUCACCAGAAGUCAUCAGCAGACAAGCAACAAUUAAUAUAGGUACAAUUGGCCAUGUAGCCCAUGGAAAGUCAACAGUAGUCAAAGCUAUAUCUGGAGUUCAUACUGUCAGAUUUAAAAAUGAACUGGAAAGAAACAUCACCAUCAAGCUGGGUUAUGCUAAUGCAAAGAUUUACAAGUUGGAUGACCCAAGCUGUUCCCGGCCUGAGUGUUACCGAUCGUGUGGAAGUAGCACCCCUGAUGAGUUCCCUACGGAUAUUCCUGGCACCAAAGGGAACUUUAAACUAGUGAGGCAUGUCUCUUUUGUGGAUUGUCCUGGCCACGAUAUUUUGAUGGCUACUAUGUUGAACGGUGCAGCAGUAAUGGAUGCAGCUUUACUGUUGAUAGCUGGUAAUGAGUCCUGCCCUCAACCCCAGACCUCAGAACAUCUAGCUGCUAUAGAGAUUAUGAAACUGAAACACAUUUUGAUUCUACAGAAUAAGAUUGACUUGGUGAAGGAGAGUCAGGCUAAAGAACAGUAUGAACAGAUUCUUGCAUUUGUACAAGGUACAGUUGCAGAAGGAGCUCCAAUAAUUCCAAUCUCAGCACAGUUGAAAUACAACAUUGAGGUAGUUUGCGAGUAUAUAGUGAAGAAAAUCCCAGUCCCUUUGCGAGACUUCACAUCUGAACCAAGGCUCAUUGUAAUUAGAUCUUUUGAUGUCAACAAGCCUGGUUGUGAAGUUGAUGACCUUAAGGGGGGUGUUGCUGGUGGCAGUAUUCUAAAGGGUGUUUUAAAGGUGGGUCAGGAAAUUGAAGUCCGGCCUGGUAUAGUGUCCAAGGACAGUGAAGGAAAGCUCAUGUGCAAGCCAAUCUUUUCCAAAAUAGUGUCACUCUUUGCCGAACACAAUGAUCUGCAAUAUGCUGCUCCAGGAGGUCUUAUAGGUGUUGGAACUAAGAUUGAUCCAACUUUGUGUCGAGCUGACCGAAUGGUAGGCCAAGUUCUUGGUGCAGUUGGAGCACUGCCAGAAAUAUUUACAGAGCUAGAGAUUUCCUAUUUCUUGCUGAGACGACUGUUAGGUGUGCGCACCGAAGGAGACAAGAAAGCUGCCAAGGUGCAAAAAUUAUCAAAGAAUGAAGUUUUAAUGGUAAACAUAGGAUCCUUAUCUACUGGAGGGAGAGUCAGUGCAGUGAAGGCUGAUUUGGGGAAGAUUGUGCUAACUAAUCCGGUAUGCACAGAAGUUGGAGAAAAAAUUGCCCUGAGUCGAAGAGUUGAGAAACACUGGCGUUUAAUUGGUUGGGGUCAAAUUAGAAGAGGAGUGACAAUCAAGCCAACUGUUGAUGACGACUGAAGAACAAAAGAGUACUUCAUUUUUAGAGAUGAAGUGCCUAUUUCUACUUUGGAGGGAGUAUAUUUUCACAGUGGAAUUGGAAGCUGUGCAAACAUUAUCGUUGAGCUGUAUGGCUGUCCUUGUAUCUUUUAUUGAACUUUACCCUCGUACUAAAAUACUAGUCACUAUCACCAUUAAAAGUGGAGAAGAAUUGGCGUAGAAGUGGGUUUAAUCAUCCACAUUUUAGUAGAAAUUCAUUGUACAUGUCCCAUGGCAUGUCUAAUUUAUGUUAUUUUGUUACAGACAUAUUUGUUUAAUAUCAGUCAAGCCAGCCCCAGUGUAACACGCAAACCAUAAAUCUGGUAUUGAAAUAAAAUAUUGCUUAUUUUCAUUAAUUCAUACAUUUUUUUGAGUAACAAAACACUGCAGCAAUUGUUUAACCAGUAAGAAUUAAAAGCAGAAAACCCGAACUCUCCUUGAAAACUAAGUACCCUUUAUGCACAACAUCUUGUUCUUUUAGACAGCUGUUUAGAGCAAAAGCUUUCUUCCUUAGUUCGUAUAGUUCUGACUUUAGGAUUCUCGUUGUAUGGUAAUGUCCUUGGUAAUUAGGACAGCAAUGUUGACUGACUUAAAUUUGUCCCUUCCAGUGUUAUAAGGAAUUCCUCCUGAGGGAAAAGAAGUAAACUGGAUCUGAAACGGCAGUACUGUCUACCUUAUUUUAGAAUUUUAUUUUAUUUUUACAAAAGGAAUGAGAUUAAUUUGAAACAUAGGUGUUUUUCACUCUGUGUGAGUGACCUGAGAGCGCUUUAUACAGUAGGAGUAAACUGCUUAUUUCGAAGUUGUAUUGGGUGAAUAGCAGGUAUGAUAUUGAACUAGAAAAUAUCCCUUUGACAGCCUUUUCCAGAAUGGCUGUGGGGAGCGAGCAGAAUUCGAAGUGAGAUGAGGAAAAAAGGGUGUAAAACCACUUUUGCUUCGCUAGCCUGAAUUACGCUUCUUGGGAGAAAUGGAAUGUAAUAAACUUACUGUAGGGUGCUAAUACUUUUAUCCACUUAGGUUUAACUCCUUCAUUUGUACUAAAGAACAUAGUUCUAGGUAUUUCAUAUACUAGAUUAUUUAGCAAGUCAUGCUGCUUUCCGUGUUUUUAUACAAAGUACUGUGUUCAUUUUCAAAGGCUGGUUUCAGUUGUGUUCAAUAUUUUCAAGGCCGCUCUAAAGGUAAAUACUGUUUCACACAUGAAAGUGGACAUUGAUGAAGCAAUUUUGUUCCUGAUUUUGCAUUGUACUUUGUGUUGCCUUAUUCCAUCUACAUUCCUGUACUCAGUUUCUCCAUUUGUAAAGUACUUCUACCUCGCGUGGUGUUGAGUAAACAUUAAUUUUUGUAGAGUGCUUUUCCUUUUUAAGAGUCAGAUGCAGUUCUUCCCGAUUGUCCUAGUACUUGACCAGUGCACAAUCUUAAACCUGUCCGUUUCUAAGACUGCAUCUUCCAUGCUUUAAAAGCUCAUUUCUACAAGUCUGAAUUCUAAUUUGGGAGCAUGAGGGUGAGCACAAAAGGGAAAGUAAGCUGCCAUCAGAGUGAAGUCUAGUCCAAAGGGUUCUUUCAAAAUGCACUGAAUGUAUGGGUCUAAAGAUACAGAAACAAUGAAAUGCUGCUGAGAAAUUGGUUAAGCACCCAUAGGUGAUUUUAGGCAUCCAGAUAUUUUGGAGAUAGGGCCUUAAUGUCUUGAUCUGCAGUUUAAAAAAAUAAAAGUGCCAUAGUCUUUCCAAAACACUUUGUGUACUCUUUGCUUACCAUGGGUAGGUAAUAAAUGCAAAGUACAAGUAUCAUCCUAGUGCUAGGAUUAGUAGCCAGCCUUCUACUCUUCCUCUAAAAAGCUAUAGGUCAUUACUUUAUUUAGGUGUGAAACAUGAUACUGCUCUAGUUGAUCUCAGAUUUAUUAGGCGCGUACAUGUUAACAGUAGCAUUAAGAAAUACUUUGUCCUGUUACUUCUGCAAUAUUAAGCAAUAUUCUUUUUCGGAGGGUGUGUGCAGGAACUUCUAGGAACUAGAGAGAAAAUAAGAGGCAAUGAAGUGCCAGGGUUGUGAAUUUUGCUUCUGCAAAAUUCUUGCAUCACCCUGCUUUCACAGGGGCUCUUCCAGGCUGGGCUAGGCCAGGCCUUUUUUUUUCUUUUUUCCUUUUUUUUUUUUUUUUUUUAAGCAGCUACAAGCUCUGCUGAGGCAGUUUCUUACAUUCUGGACUGUUCUCUGCUUCCUUCUGAUGGUGCACUUGGGUUCACGUAUGUUGUGCAGAAAAGACUUACAGAAUAGUGCGUCUGGCUUAAAGCCUGUUCCUGGUUGUUCCCAAGAGAAGGGAGGUAAGGAGCAUAUAUAGUCUGAGGUGUGAGCUAUGAUGUACGUAUGGUAUCAGCCGUGUGUUAAAUAUCCUGUCACACGGGGUGGGGGACAGGUAAAGUGGAAAUUUCUCUUUUGCCACCAAAAUGUUACAUGUCCUCUAACUGGAAACGUCUGCUGGCCUGAGUAAGUAACAGGAAUAUUUUAAGACUUUGACCAAUUGAAUCACGUGACCCUGCAGCAUCAGAGAGCCAAGUAUGGACACUAAAUGUAAAUACAUGAUGUGCUGAUUUGUCUGUACCCAUCCACUGUGCAUCCACCGAAUUGUGAUGCUGAGAUACAGGUGAAUGAUAUACCAAUGAUGUAUGAAUGAUGGUGAAAGAGAUACCAGGCAAAACUAAGAAAUUUGAAAAUGAGAUUUUCUUGGCCAGGAUGAAAAUAGUGACAAUUCACUUGCAAGCUCUCUCACUUUACCAAGGAUUUGUUUCAGAGUGAUGACUUCCUUUUAUUUUUGACCCUUCAUGUGUCAGAUUUAGCUACCUGAACAUAGAUAGGUGUGCAGUUGCAUUUCGAAUGGGUUGGUUAGCCAGGGCACAAGUGUGGAAUUGGCAGCUGUCACUCGCCACAUGCUGGAGCAGUACCUCGAUAGAGUAGGGUAUCUCGGAUGGCACCAGUACCUACACUUAGGUAACUGCAUCUCUUCUAAUAACCUGUCAGGAAUUGGCAAGUAGUACCUGGAACAGUGGUACCUCUUUGCUAUGGGGAGGAAAGUGCAUCACCUCAAUACAUAAUUUGCAGAAGACUUCUGGUAUCUGAGGAACCUACCAGACCAGUGCAAGAUGGAUGUGAAAAACUUAUUAAUGGAGCAAAACAGUUUGAAGAGAGUAUGAACACCAUAUUCCAGACAGCAAGGGUCACAUCUCCUUCACAGCACAGACUUAACACCUCUUUUCCACAUAGAUGUAGAAGCUGAAGACUUUGUCUGCUUGUCAAGGCACAGCACUUGCAACAACUGCUGGAAUGCUACAGGGAGUUGGAGGAUGUUUUUUGAACCAUUCUAAUUAAAUCCAGAUGGAAAAGGCAACUUCCUCCAAAGUGGAGUAAACACCUGCAGAAGAGCUUGUUCUAUUUAUUCCUCUUCUCCCUUCCCUUUCUCCUACUGGUUCUCUUCAUGAAAAUGAAAAGUGAAAGUGAUCCCUUUAUUGCCCAGCCCUGUUUGUACGGAAGGUCUCAUUGUCUUCUAGGUUAGCAUCAAGUUACUAACAGUGAAAAACAUAAUAUAAUCAUAGAAUGGUUUGGGUUGGAAGGAACCUUAAAGAUCAUACAGUUCCAGACCCCUGCCAUGGGCAGGGACACCUCCUACUGGAUUGGGUCAUUGUUAGUGUUUUUCUGGUUGAGGCACCAAAUAGUUUUGCACAGGGUUAAGAGGGAAGGUGGUCUGUCUUAUCAUACAGUAUUUUAUAUUGGCUCAAGUUGAGCUAAAGCACUGUUAAAGGAUACAAUGCUGAAUGAAGACAUUGCUGUGCCAGGCUGCGUUACAUCCAUAUUUAAGGCGGCAGCGUGCCAUAAUACAUCAUCCUUCUCAAAUACAAAAAAGUAGAGGUCUUGUGUGCAAUGGCACGUGGCCAAGGGACCAUGUCAGUAGUUAUUUCUGAGACUUCAGUAAGUAAGUAUUCGGGAAAUGCCAUUUCCAGCCAAAUCUCAGAUUCCAUUCUGAAAGGAUGAAGCAUCCAUUUUCCAUUAACAUCUUUGCUGAUUUUGUUCCAGUGUUUUCAAAAUCCAAAAGCAUUUUAAAAUUAUGUUUUUGUUGCAUUAAUUUUGCAGCACUUUCAGAAGUUCUUUCUAGCUUACCACUGGAAAAGGAGUUCCUAGUGUUUUUCUGAGCUGAGUCUUCUUGACAACAGCCUCAAUAGUACCUACAUCAAAGAUUUAAACUCUUGCCCCCAUCCUGUUCUCAUGCUGGUUCCCCAUCAGCGCUUCCACCAGCUACGCGUGCUCCUGCCGUUCUGGGUCACUUCUUGCUGCAAGUCCGGGGCUAAACAUUUACAAAGCUUCAAACACUUUCCCUCCCUUUAUUGUAACAAUACAUUGCACGAACUGCUGGUUUCCAAGCCCUGCCUCCUCCCGACCAUACGAUGGCGCUCGUGCAUGCACGAUUACGUUCAGUCACCUCUUUAGUGCAGUCCCCAGACUCCUCCUUGCUUUGGCACAGCUGGCUUCAUAGCUGAUGUUCACUUACCAUGAUGCUAAAAUUACAAACGUGUUGCUUAUUUCAUAGGAUCAUAGAAUGGUUUGGGUUGGAAGGGACCUUAAAGAUCUUUCCAUUCCAUCCUUCCUACCAUGGGCAGGGACACCUUCUACUGGGUCACUUUUCUCAAAGCCUCAUCCAUCCUGGCCUUGAACACCUUCAAAGAUGGGGCAUCCAUGAUUUCUCUGGGCAGCCUGUUCCAGUGCCUCACCACCCUCACAGCAAAAAAUUUCUUCCUAAAAUCUAACCUAAAUCUCCCCCUCUUUGAGCUUAAAACCAUUACCUCCAUCCUGUCACUGCAUUCCUCGAUACAAGAGCCCCCUCCCCAGCUUUCCUAUACUGCCUUCAGGUACUGGAAGGUCACUAUAAGGUCUCCUGGAGCCUCCUCUUCCCUGGUCUGAACAACCUCAACUCUCUCAGCCUGUUCUUGUAUGGGAUGUGCUCCAGCGCUCUGAUCAUCUUCGUGUCCUGCUCUGGACUUGCUCCAACAGAUCCAUGUCUUUUGCGUGUUGAGGGCUCCAGAGCUGAGUUUUGGAGUUACACAGUUUCUGUAAAGGUCCAUCUAUAUAUGCUCAUCUAAUAUCCUAUACAUCUCCCGUCCAUCUUACUGGCAUAGGGAAAGCGCUUCUUUCAUACAUUUCCAGACUAAACUGAAAAUUUUUAGAGAGUUUUUGGUAUGCAGUGAAUAUUUCAUCUAUGACAGUCAAAAACUGUACGUAGGUGAUAGAAGUUCACAAAUAAGUUCUCCUCCUUUCUUACCUUGAAUGGAUUAAAAAAACAAACAGGCAAAACUUGUAAAAUGGACAGUGUGCAACAAAGAAGGAGAAGGAAAGAGAGUUUUAGUGCCGAGGAAUGGGAAUUUUGUUCAAGAAAUUACCUCAAACAUUUAAAUAAAUAUUAUUCACUGCCUUUUAAAAAUACAAGAAACCACAACACCAUACUCAAACAUGGAUGACAAUUGUGAAAAUAUUUUGGAUGAAAUAAUGUUGCCACAUAUGACAUUUACUCAUGUUGCACAAGGCUUCAUUACAUUAUUGGAGAGUACGUAUUUAUAUAACACGAACUUUUCUGUUGAGGCAGUUGCUUAAUAAAGCCUGGAAUACUUCUUUUAAUUGUUGAGUACAUUUGCAAAGAAAAAUAAAUAAAUAAAUUAAGAUUCACAAA